UCGAUUGAUAGUUGCAUGUAUCGACUCUGAAGUGAAGAUCAAAAAAGUUCUUAAACCAUCUUGUGAUUUAUUGGAUUACUCCCUUUUAGCAGGAUCCGCAGGAAAAUAAUGAAUUUCUCAAUUGUUGCGUGUGGCCUUUCGGCAGUGAUGUUACUCAGUGUGGUGGCUGCAGUUCCUCAGCAACAAGCUGGAUACAAUUACAACAGGAAUCAGUACAACCAACAACUCUCCGUGCAGCCUCUUCUCGGGAAUCCAGGUCAGCAGCAAUUUACACAGCAACAGGGCUUUUCUCAGUCACGCAACAACGUACCAAUAACUUCAUACACCAAUGAAGUGGGUCAUGAUGGCUCUUUCACGUACUCCUAUACCACAGGAGAUGGUCAGGGAGCUCAGGCACAGGGUUACCUCAAGAAUGCCGGCAAUAAGGAUCUCGAAGCUCAAGUUGUCCAAGGAUCAUAUUCAUACACCGCUCCCGAUGGAACGCCUAUCUCAGUAAAGUGGUUUGCUGAUGAGAAUGGAUUCCGGGCGGAGGGACUGCACCUGCCGACACCACCCCCAAUCCCCGAAGCCAUAGCUAAGUCGUUGCAGUUCAUUGCCCGUGCCCAGAAUUUGCCGCAGAGUGGAUACAAUCAGUACCAGAACGAUCAAGGUUUCAAUAAAUACGGCUGAUGAGGCAACCACCCAAAAAUUGGGUCACAGUCCGCAUCCACUUCUUUGACUCUGCAAGAAACCCAGCAAAGACGGAUUUUUUCCCAUUCCAACUGUGUAAAUAGACUCUUUGGAUAUUUCCUCAUUCAUUCCAGGCCAGCCAAGUGAAAUACCAGCAAAAUUCCUCCGAAAAAAAAACCCUCCCUCUGGGAUAUUGUGUAAUAAGAUCAUUCAUAUAAAUGUAAAAUAUUUUAUACUGUGUAGAUCAUAUUUAAUGCCCAUGUAAAUGUUGAGAUAAUAAAUCACAAAAGGACUUUCAUUAAAA